AUGUUAGCCAAAGACAAUAGUUUUGAUAUGCAAUCAGACAAGUCGUACGAUUCGGAUUCAGAGCAAUUGGUUAUUUGUCUAACACUUUGCUACCAUAUUAUCGGCAUCAGCACCGGUAGUAUCAGUAGUACUCCCGGCAAAUGGAAAUGUCCGCCAAAAUCGCUGGUCAAGCCGUGUUCAUGCGAUGCCUACGAUUUCGGGAUGUAUCUGAUCUGUACGUUUGAGGACAUUGAUUAUAAACAAUAUUUUGAACGUCUAUCCCGGGGACUGCCUGAGGAACAGUACCAUAUGGAUAGUUUUACUAUACAAGAUGCUAAAMAUAUAACUGUCSUCGGAAACGGUACGUUCGGUAAUAUUACAUUCAAUUCGAUUAGUAUACACAGUUGCGAUAGUUUGACUACAAUUGAACCCGAAUUUUUCGGUACCGGUAAUCAGCGAUCGGUUACCCGAUUAACCAUUGACUACAAUAGUAGGCUAGGGUCGGGAACGGGUAGCAAAUUGUUUGAUAUUGUCAACCGUUUCGAGCAACUGGAAACUGUCGAUCUCAGUUGGAACGACAUUCGGGAAAUACCCGAUCGGGCAUUCAAACGGCACCCGAAACUUCGUUGGCUUGUACUGGACGGCCAUUUUACACAGUUAGGCGAUCGGGCGUUUCAGGAUAUGCCCGACCUAACACACCUGUCCAUUGGAUUUGCAACGAUAGAUGUCGUUCCCCGUGCAUUAUUGGUUAUAUUUUAGUAUAACGUAUUUUAUGUAAAGGACCGGUAGGUUGGUUGGGAUGUACAGUCAGUUAGUCUAGUCGUAGCGUUUGAGGAGAGGAGUUGACUGAGUGUAUAGCCCACCCAACAUACCGGUGCUAUAAUGUCUUA